AGAGGACUGAAGGAGGUGACGGUAUAAGUGAGCGCCGGAGUCGCGGCAGCGGAUCCGGAGGAAGCUCGGCGGCGGUGGCUGCUGUAAGCAGGCCGAAUUCCUGCUGGCUGACGAGGCUUCCUCUAAAGCUGGCGAAGGCGGGGCCGCAGACCGAGCUGCCGCAGUAUCUGGACCCACGACGGGGCAGGUGCCGGCAGCAAGGGACGUAGUCUCUGUCAUCUUGUGCUACUUUCCGGGUACUGCUGCUGCUGUGCAACUCCUUGUGACCCCCAUGGACUGUAGCCCACCAGGCUCCUCUGUCCAUGGGAUUUCCCAGCUGCAUACAGAUCUCAUUAUGCAUCAGAAAAAUGAAAAAACAGAGGAAAAUUCUAUGGAGGAAAGGAAUCCACUUAGCCUUUUCUGAGAAAUGGAAUACUGGGUUUGGCGGCUUUAAGAAGUUCUACUUUCACCAACACUUGUGCAUUCUGAAAGCCAAGCUGGGAAGGCCAGUUACUUGGAGCAGACAUUUGAGGCAAUUCCAGUGCAGAAAGAAGGGCCUUCAAAUCCAGAAAACGUGGAUCCAAGAUGAACCACUUUUUGCUAAGACAAAAAGCAAUGUGGCUAUCCAGAAUCUUUGUACUUCCGCCUCUAAAGUGAAAAGAAAGGACACCAAGCACUUCAUUUCCUCCUCAAGGACCUUCCUGAAACUCCAGGCAGAGCAGCUGCCGUCAUCAGCAAAGAACUCUGAUCAUGAAUAUUCUGGAGAGAAAAGUCUCUUGAAGGCAGCUGCUGACUUACCAGUGAAUAGUGUUUUAGGUCAGGCCAAUGGUCACAGACCUAGGACGGAGCCACAAGCUUCUGAUUUUCCUAUGAAGUUCAAUGGGGAGAGCCAGAAUCCAGGUGAGAGUGACAGAAUCGUGGUCACCUUAAGCAACCAUAAGAGAAAGCGCUUUUGUUAUGGCUGCUACCCAGGGCUGGAGCACCACAGGAACGGGGGACCCUUGAUUCCAAAAAAAUUUCAACUUAACCAACAUAGGAGAAUAAAAGUAUCUCCUCAUAUGAUGUAUGAGAAAUUACCCAUGAUUAGAUUUCGGUACAGGAUUCUCAGAUCCCAGCACUUCAGAACAAAAAGCAAAGUUUGCAAGCUAAAAAAAGCUCAGCAAAGCUGGGUGCAGGUCACUGGGGACCAUCAAGAGACCCUUAGGGAGAACGGCGAGGGUGGCAGUUGCAGCCCAUUCCCUUCCCCGGAGCCUAAAGACCCUUCUUGUCAGCAUCCACCAUACUUGCCAGAUAUGGACAGCGAUGCUGUGGUGAAGGGAAAGAACUCUCAUGUGCCUGAGGGCCACACUAAAGGAAGCCCUCUCUUGGACAAGGAGCUUAGUUUGGAUGAAGCAUUCCCUGACCAACAGAAUGGCAGUGCCACGUACACCUGGGACCAGUCACCCUGUUCCUCUCCUAAGUGGGAGUAUACAGAGCUGAUUCAUGACAUCCCCUUACCAGAACAUCAUUCUAGUAACAUGUUCAUCUUGGAAACUGAGAGAGAAGUUACGGCUCUGGGUCAGGAAAAUCGGACAAGUACUGUCAGUGAUGACCAAGUAAAACUGUCAGUGUCUGGGGCGGAUCAGUCUGUGAGGAGUGUAGAUGGGCCUGUGUCCGAAGAGACUGUUCAGAAUGAGAGCUCGUGCCAGAUGGAUGAGGAUGGCUCUUUCAAGCAGAAUAUUCUUAGUUCCAAGUUGCUGGACCACCCUUACUGUAAAAGUCCACUGGAGGCUCCUCUGACGUGCAGUGGACUCAAACUAGAAAAUCAAGUGGGAGGUGGGAAGAACAGUCAGAAAACCUCUCCAGUGGAUGAUGAACAGCUGUCAGUCUGCCUUUCUGGAUUCCUAGAUGAGGUUAUGAAGAAGUAUGGCAGUUUGGUCCCACUCAGUGAAAAAGAUGUCCUUGGAAGAUUAAAAGAUGUCUUUAAUGAAGACUUUUCUAAUAGAAAACCGUUUAUCAAUAGGGAAAUAACAAACUAUCGGGCCAGACAUCAAAAAUGCAACUUCCGCAUCUUCUACAAUAAGCACAUGCUGGAUAUGGAUGAUCUAGCAACCCUGGAUGGUCAGAAUUGGCUGAAUGACCAGGUCAUAAAUAUGUAUGGUGAGCUGAUAAUGGAUGCAGUCCCAGACAAAGUUCACUUCUUCAACAGCUUUUUUCACAGACAGCUGGUUACCAAAGGAUAUAAUGGAGUAAAAAGAUGGACUAAAAAGGUGGAUUUAUUUAAAAAGAGUCUUCUGUUGAUCCCUAUUCACCUGGAGGUCCACUGGUCUCUCAUUACUGUGACACUCUCUAAUCGGAUUAUUUCAUUUUAUGAUUCCCAAGGCAUUCAUUUUAAGUUUUGUGUAGAGAAUAUAAGAAAGUAUUUGCUGACUGAAGCCAGAGAAAAAAAUAGACCUGAAUUUCUUCAGGGUUGGCAGACUGCUGUUACAAAGUGUAUUCCACAACAGAAAAAUGAUAGUGACUGUGGAGUAUUUGUGCUCCAGUACUGCAAGUGCCUCGCCUUAGAGCAGCCUUUCCAGUUUUCCCAAGAAGACAUGCCCCGAGUGCGAAAGAGGAUUUACAAGGAGCUGUGUGAGUGCCGGCUCAUGGACUGAAUCAGCAGGGACUCUGGGAAGUCUGACCAAGUUGGAGCAGGUGGUUUGUUACUUGAAUCUCCACUUAUUUGAAUUUUUACAGGUAUUUCCGAUCAGUGGUGUUGGGCCACUAUUGUUACCUCAAGUUUAUUUUCUGCCCGUAACUCAUUUCUCUAGUGACCAUGUACUAUUUUUUUAAUGUUCAGUUUGGUUUCAUUUUUAAUUUUAUGGAUUCUGUGUGUGUCCCCCCCAUAUUUAAUAUUUAUUAUCCAAACGCAUGCAUAUAGACAGAGCAUGCAGUGCAGAGUAUUAAAAAAAAAAAAGCCUAGUAGAUUUGGUGCAGCUUUUGAAACUUAGUUAGACGUGAACUGAAUACAGGUUUAAAUUUUAAUUCCAGAACCUAAAAAUGCAGGAUGUUUUUGAUAGAACAUAACUCUGAGAGUAGUAGAUGUUCCCUGGGGCAUAAAGGGUAGCUAGGAGGGGUUUUGACAGUCAGUCCUCUAUUUUUACCAGCAGCACCUUUCACUGACUUCUCUCUUCAGUGAGUCCCAUUCCUUUUAAAGGAUGAAAAGGAAGUGGCCAUAAACUGACUGGUAUGUUGUUUAUGGUGGCACACUUGUAAGCACAGUGCCUGCCUUGUGAAGAGUUAAGAUAUGAGACAACGAAAGUGACCUUGAGGGUCCAAUUAUCUUCACAAAUGAGAUUUCAGCCUUGGCUUUAAGAUUUAUAAUAAAUGCUUUAAUCUUAUAUAAAGCUUUUGCUGGAACAUUGAACUCCUUGGAUUCUUCUAGUUUUGACCCAUUAAAAAAUCAGUAUCUGUCAAACUAGUGGUCAAACAAAUGAGAAUCCAGCCCAAGAGUAAUUUACAAGUUGUCACUUCCCCUGUAUUGUUUCCCACUUGGAAGAAAUUAAGAUCUGCCAAAUACCUAUUUGAAGGGUAUUUAAAAUCUAAACAUUCAAAACCAAAGACUAAUUUUAGGUCUUUUGGACGUGGGUGGGGAAGAGAGAACAGAAAAGGUAAUAAGGGAGACUUGAUACUGAGGGGGUUACAGCAAAUGUUAUGAGUGUUUCCCCUCAUUUCUCUAAUGAUCUCAGCAACAUGCAGGGCUUAUCUGCCUCUGCUUGACCAUCCCUGAGACUCCAGCACAGGAGUCCUUUUUUUUUUUUUUUUUUGCUUCCAUGAACCUCAUCUUCUGGGGGAAAGCAGAAGUGGCCCUGUCCUUAGCCUUUGCUGCAUUAGGAUUAAAGCAAUGGAUCUUGCAUCUUUAACAGAGUUUUGUGAUAACUGGAAAGGAAAGGAGGAACAAGCAAAUGGCAAAAGAUACUUGGGUUAAUGCCUCAUUAGGUGUGCAGAAGGUAGGGCUGACUGCCAGCAGUUGAGGGUGGAGUCAGAACAUGUUUACGUGCAGGGUUCCCUAUCCCCAGACAUUCCAAGCACCAACACCAGUGUUUACAUUAUAAACAGGCCAGCACUUUCCUACUCCCUCAGACUCAAAACUCCUUAGUAUAAAACCAGGUCAGUAUUUCUUCUUGUGCUUCAUAUCAUUAGGAAGAUUGAGAUUAGAGGCACUUUGUGCUGCUACAGGUAGGGCUGCAUCCGCAUUGGAAAGGUGACAAAAUGGGUUGGGUGUUUUCUUGAGGUUUUCAGGCAUAAUUAUGCAAACGAGAUUUUUCCAAUCUGUAUCCCAGACGUUUGCUUUUUUUUUUUUGGUAAUUAGUAAGUAGGCUGUUAAAAAUGUCUUAUACUUUAGAGCGCCAUAGUUCAUAUUUCAUUGACAGAACCAGGCAUGCAAGAGAGUUGUGUUCUGGCAAAAAAUCUUAAUGCCCCAAGCUCGAGUUGUCAUUUCUUUCAGCCUAGAAAUGGUCAUUCUUAGCAGUGAGGCAGAGAGAACCUCCAGUGAACUGUCGCAAGUCACGGGUCUGUUUCAUGUCCGGCUUAACAGAGCACCUUGAGCUACACUGUCGAGCAUACUUUAGCUUAAAUGUCAGAUAUUUUAAGUCUGGUUAAAAUGUUUCUGUUAUUCAUAAGAAGCUUGUUUCAGUACACACAGUUGCUUCCCACCUGCCCUUCCUACCCCGUCUUGUGAUUAGGUAUAAACUUCUAUUUAGCCCAAGUCCUCCAUUAGGAUGGCCUUUUUUCCUGAUAUUUGCAAUAAUGGUUUCCUUGCAACAGAAAUUUCUGAAAUAUAGUCUGAGCUGUUGGUAGAAGAGACAGGCAUUGUUUUGUUUUACUCUCACUAGCUUGGCACUGAAUUGUCUAGGUGCCCACAAGGUGGGCAGACUUUAUGCUUUGGGGGUUGAGGGCAGGCCUUACACAAACUAAAAGCUGCUUAUGAUGUGCCUUCAACAAGCUGCUCAGUCCUCUCCAUCAGCAAACUUACCAGUCUGUAGUUGCUUUUAUCCUUUUGUAAAAUCUAUAGCAAUGAAUGUAGAUUUAGUUCAACUUUUAGUUCUCUCAAACUAAAUGGCUCAGACGGUAAAGCAUCUGUCUGCAAUGCAGGAGACCCGGGUUUGAUCCCUGGGUUAGGAAGAUCCCCUGGAGAAGGAAACGUCAGCCCACUCCAGUACUCUUGCCUGGAAAAUCCCAUGGCCGGAGAAGCCUGGUCGGCUACUGUCCAUGGGGUCGCAGAGUCAGGCACGACUGAGCGACUUCACUUUCACUUUUAGUUCUCUCAAUCAUAGAGAACCAAUCUUCUCUUAAGAAAGGGAGAAGCAGCAGCUGCUUGCUGCCAGCAGUCCCCAAAUCUUUUUUUGGGCUUUGCAUUUUAUUUUCUACGUAUCAUUGGAUAUAAUUAACACUGGUCACCUUGAAUUCAUAGUUGGAACAAAGGAACAGACCUGAGACAUCGCCAGCAGUAGCCUAAGUAGAGCUGCCCCCUUUCUCUGCAGUUGUGGUUUACUACUUCCUGGGUUAGAAGGAAUAACUGCGAGCUUUGCAUGGAUCAGACCCUUCAGGCAAGAACCAGUGUGUUAAUAGUGUGAAUUAGAUAUACUGACUACCUGCUCUGCUUAAUUGUUAUGAAACUGAACUAAUAAGCAGUUAUAAAGCACAUACUUUUUUAUGUGCUAGGCUCUGCCUCCUGGCCUGUAGAUAAUUUAAGAAGACCUAGGGAAUACCAUCAGACAUGCUAAUUGUAUUUGGGUGUUAACAAAAGCAGAUCUAGACAAGCUGUCCACUUAAAUGGUACCUUUUGGUCAGAAAAAAUUUAUUUAAAGAUUGUGAUGAUGUAAAAUUACUCAAACCUUCUAGCAAACAUAUUUUUUGAAAAAUAAACUAAAUGCCUUUAUAAA